AUGAAUUAAAAUAAUAUGAGAUUAUAUGGAAUUUUGGUAGAUAUUUCAGGAUCAAUGAAAUAAAGUUAUUAAAAAAUUGAAUAUAACAAAAAUUUAACUAAUUAGAUACAACAGUGCGAUAAAACUAGACUAGUUUCCGUUUGGGAAAUAAUUUAAGCAGCUUUAAAACAAAUUCAUUUAUAGAAUGAUUUUAUAUUUUUGUCAGCUUUUGGGUGCUGCCAUGAAGUAGAAGUAAUUGAUUUGGUGCCCUUCUUAAAAUCUGUUAUUAAAAUCUUAAAAUUAAUAUCUUAAAUAAGAGGGCUUUAAUAUUUCCACUAAAAUGAUUAAACUGAUUAUUGUCAGCUUUUAUACAAAUUUGUAACAGAAAAAGGAGCUAAAUAUUUAUCCUCAUUUUACACUCUAAACAAUUUGAGGACUGAUAUUUCUAAUUUCAAAGCAAAGUUACUAUAUUUGUAAUUCAAAGAGAAUGAAGCUCAAUUUAAAUUAUUUGUUAAUCAAUUACCAAAAUAAGUGAAAAAAAAUAAUAAAAAAUAUAAAAUCUAAGCUUUUAUUGGAAGUUAGUUCUAGAAUAAUGGUAUCAUAUAAAAUCCUCUUGCUAUUGCAAUUCAAGAAUAAAUCUAGAUUUAAUUAAAAAAAUUGGAUAAUUACAUACAAUUUAAUGAUAUUUUUGAUUAAAUUCUGUAAUGUUUGAAUUUUACAUUAAUAGAGGUUCAGAAUGUAAAGAAUAAAAAUAAUACGCAUAUUUAACUUAAUAAUGAAUUAUAAUAAAUAAUAACGGAUUUUAGUGGAUAUAAAAAAUUUCCAAUUCAGCAGUAACUANGAUAACUUUGCAUCUAGAAAGACUGAUAUGGGUGUUGCAACAAAACAAACAAAUCUCUAAUUAGUAAUUAUUUCAUUUAAUAUUAGGCUAAAGAGAAAAAAGAUAAAGAAGAAAGAGAAAAAUAAGAAAAAUUGGCUGCUGAACGUGCUGAAAGAGAUUUAUUACUUGAACGUGGUCGUAAAUAGCCAUAUAAAGGAUGA